GUUGGAUUGGUGGAAUUGGAGAGGCGAAGGGUGACAAGUGAUGGGCGUGUAAAACUGAAGUUGUCGCUGUUGGGUGUGAACGUACAGAAGUGCUCUAUAUGCUUAUCGCAAUUCAAAAGUGGGGACCAUGGCGUGUUGGGGGGAAAGUGUCGCCAUGCGUUCCACAAGAGAUGUCUGAUUCCAUGGCUGGCGAGGAAUCAGACUUGUCCGUUGUGCAGGGAACAUUUGGACGUUCAGAAUUGA